AUGCGUACAGGUAUAUACGAUAAUAUACACGAUUCACACUUUUUUGUGACUUCAGUUAUGGAUGGCUCAAGGUGUUUUCUCCCAGUUUGUCAUGGGGGUGGUGAGGAGAAGAGAUUCACCGAGAGAGGCAUCCACAAACUAAUCUCGUGUGCUCAUUCCCGUGGAGAUGUGGAUACAAAGGCUAAGCUGCAGGACAUCAUCGAUGUUGAUGGUAAUGCCGCGAGCAUAGUUUGCCACAAAGGUUGCUACUGUACUUAUACAUCGAAAGAAAAAAUUAACCGAGUUAAAAACUCGCUAAAACGAAAGGCUGAAGGAGAAUGUGUUAGGGUGGCUACAAGGUCAUUUCAAGCUCAAGCAGAUGAUAAUGGUGCAUUUUGCUACAAACGCGAUUGCAUAUAAUUCUGUGGUGAUGAAUGUUUACCAAAAGAUGAUAAACACCCAGAUAGAUGGGACCGUUUUCGUGAAUGCAUGACGCAUGAACGUUAUGAUAAAGAACAUAAUCCACUUCAAUCUAUGAAAGAUGUUAUUCUUGAGGUAGCUGAGCAGCGUAAUGACGAUAUAGCUAGAAGGGUCAAGUUACACAUUGGUUUUGUUUCUGACUUAUCUUCUGCCGAGUGCAAAUAUCAUGUUCGCUGCUACAACAAUUUUAUGAAAAUUCCCAAAUAUGCCGACUUACCAACUGGAAACGUAGAUGAUAACGCCCUUAAGCAGGUCAUUGAGUUCUUGAACGAAAACAGGUAUAAAAUCUGGAAUAGCGUUGAAAUGCAUUGCCUAUACUCUGAUCUAGGAGGCAAACUAUCACGACGCGAGAUGUUUAAAAAGUUGACUGACUGCAUUGAUAAAGAUUGUUAUUCGGGUAGAUGGGUGUGCUACCCUUGUUGGUUACCGUGAGUCUAUUGCUAAAACUCUCAAGGUAGUCCAGGUGGUUGAAACGGAUGAGAAAAGCAGUGAUUCUCUAUUGAGGAAAAUCAAGCGUGAGGCACGAUCAGUCAAGUAUAACAGCGCUAAUUACGACUUAUCUGAGUUUACACGAGCUAACACAAUCAAGGCAACCAGUCCCACAUUGUUGACAUUGAUUUCGGAUUUAGUUUCUGGUGGUGAAGUUACCAAGAAAUCGCUCAGUCUGAGCCAGUCAAUUCAAAGUCACAUUACAGGUACAAGAAAUCAAACAAAACUAGGAUUGGGCGUAAAACUUCAGCAUCGGUAUGGCAGUUCCGAACUCAUUAAGCUACUUCAUGAGCAUGGAUUCAUAUCCACUUACGAUGAGGUGCUAAGAUUUCGGAAAUCAGCUGCUCGUUUUCUCGGAGACAACGCACCGAUUCUCCAUCAGUUCAUGGGGCUAAGUAGAUCUGUUGGCAUUAUCUUUGCAUGGUUUGACAACCUUGAUCUCCAGGUGUUUGCGCCCAACGGUCGACGCAGUACUCAUGUCCUUUCGCAUGAAUUCCAGCAACUGCAUCCUGCAGGUAUUCCAACCGCAUCGUGCAAAGCCAGGGGAAAGCAAUCUCAUUAUCCCCAGACUUUCUAA